UUCUAGAGAGAGAAAGGUAGAGAGAGAGAGAGAGAGAUGGGGAGAGGAAGAGUUGAGCUGAAGAGGAUUGAGAACAAGAUCAACAGGCAAGUGACCUUCGCAAAGCGAAGAAAUGGACUUUUGAAGAAAGCUUACGAGCUUUCCGUUCUUUGCGAUGCCGAAGUUGCUCUCAUCGUCUUCUCCAAUAGAGGAAAACUGUACGAGUUUUGCAGUAGCUCAAGCAUGUUGAAAACUCUUGAGAGGUAUCAGAAGAGCAAUUAUGGAGCCCCGGAGCCUAACGUUUCUGCAAGAGAAGCGUUGGAACUGAGUAGCCAGCAGGAAUAUUUGAAGCUUAAGGCGCGUUAUGAAACCCUGCUGAGGAAUCAUAGAAAUCUUAUGGGAGAAGAACUAGGAGCUUUAAGCAGCAAAGAGCUCGAAUCACUUGAAAGGCAGCUAGAUAUAUCAUUGAAGCAGAUCAGAUCAACAAGGACCCAGACCAUGCUAGAUCAGCUUACCGAUCUUCAGCGUAAAGAACACAUGCUUAACGAAACUAAUAGGACCCUGAAACAAAGGACUGAUACUUUGCAGCUGGUGGAAGGAUACCAACUCAGCUCACUCCAACUGAAUCCGGCUGCUGACGACGUGGGAUAUUGCCGGCAACCUGUUCAAGCUCAGGGUGAUAUCUUCUAUCACCCCUUAGAGUGUGAACCCACCUUACAAAUUGGAUAUCAGGCGGAUAGUACAAUAUCAGUGGUCACAGCAGGCCCAAGCGUGAAUAACUACAUGCCAGCAGGAUGGUUGCCAUGAAAAUAUAUAUAAUGGCCGUAAUUAACUUCAUCGAAUACGGUACGCUUUGCUUCGAUAAGAAUCGGUGAAUUUCCUAUUUUAGUUGUUUGGCCGAUGGACCAUCUCUAUUAAUUUGUCGAUUUAUGUUGUAACCCCGCACCUUAAGGGCACUUGUGUGUGCGUGUGCUCAAGUACUGUGCUUCUUUGUUUCAACAGUUGCCUCAAAUUUAAUAAUUGCUGUCUGUGUGUACUAGACUGUGUAAUUAAUCUUCUCUACGUUUUUUGCAUUUCCCAAA